AUGGCAAAACGCAAGCAAAUCACGCUUGAACAGCGAAGCGCUAUUUGCACUCUACGCGAGGAAGGAUACAGUGAACGUCAAAUCGCAGAAAGGCUCGGAAUUUCUUGUAAAGGUGUCCACUAUACCCUUGCUAGAAAACAAGAAACGGGGAAAAAUGAAGAUAGAAAGAGAUCUGGUAGGCCCAAAUCUACAACAAAUCAAGAGGACAACUUCAUUAGAGUUCUUUCUAAACGGAAUCGACGCUUAACUGCACCACAGAUCACUGCAGCUCUGAAUGAUACGCGAGAAACACCCAUUUCAACAACUACUGUUAAAAGACGCUUACUGUCUGCGGGAUUAAGAGGAUGUGUUGCUGCUAAAAAACCCAAACUAACAAAUUGA